GUUCGUAUUUCAUGUUCCUGCCGGGGCGACACAUGCUUCACGUUAUGGUCAGGCGGCGUCCAUAAUGUUAUGGUUCAACGGCGAAGGAAGCGCUUGUGAUCGCUUAACUACCACCGUGGGCGUAUGCACGUCAUACUGCUAACCCGAAACAUCACAGCUUUGUAAUAUACCCUCGAUCUAAUGGAACGAUGAUUGGAGAUGCGAACACAUGGAGGAAUCUGUGGAUGUUAGGCUGAUAAGAUGUGGGACAUGAACUUGGUAGAUUGUUACAGCCGUGAGCCCAUGCUUGGCUCAGUUAUGUAUAAAAGGGCAUACACCAUACCCUCCUUCAACUUGACCAUCCCGAUCUCACACACCAAUACCUCCACUACUUUCCUAUCAGACGUUCCGCCUAAUUCAGGCCAACGAUCAUGACAUCUUUCCACGCCCUCGCCAUUCCCCCGCUGAUCCGUGGCAUGCACAACAUCAGCGCAAUACUUAAGAGAGCCCAAGCUUCAGAUCUCGACGCCGCCACCAUUCUCACCUCCCGCAUCCAUCCCACAAUGCGUCCAUUCACCUUCCAGAUCAAGUCACUCACCGAUACCGUCGCUCGCAUUCCAAACCAGAUCAACCCCUCCCUGCCUCCCUCACCUCUCCCAGAUCUCGAAGAGAACCCCACCUUCGACAUUCUGCUCUCGCGCAUCGCAGCUGCCAUCUCCUACAUCGAGUCUAUUGCGCCGGAGGACCUGAACGGAAGGGAGGAUGCGGACGUGAAACUGCGAGUCGAUCGCAAGAGCUGGGCUGGGGAUGUUGUGUAUGUGGAGUACCAGGCCCUCGAAUUCGUGCAGAUACACGCGCAUCCAAAUUUCUGGUUCCACGUUACCACGGCGUACGAUCUGUUGAGGGCUGCUGGCCUGGACAUUGGGAAGCCUGACUUUUUGAACGCGGCGGGUUUGAAGACGUGGGAGUCUCGGGAUGAGUGAUGCGCAUUAUCAUAAUGUACCCUUCAUCCACACUUGAAAGACAAGCAAAAGGAGGUAUGAGGCCUGGAAAUAGGAACUUGGGAUAUCAUUACAUAUUAUGCACCGACCCCGCCAUUCUAAAAGCCUAACGUUAUGUCAUUAAGUCAUUACUGCACCCUCCGUCUCGCCUAUUUCACUGUGAUGGCAGCUAUGAGUGCUUCCAUUGCGCUCGAGUGCGUGCUUGCAUUCGCCGGAUUGAUGAAUGGUCCCGCCCAGUCGAUACUCAACAUGUUUCCAUCGUCUCUAUUGUUCAUCCAAACACUGUUCGCGUUGGUUUGGAUAAACUUCACGUACGCGUCAUCAGGGGCCGCCUCGUGCAGCAGUUGCAGGUUUCGAACAAAGAUGCCCUUGAACUGGGAGCCGUCGGCGCCACAGUAAGGACCGCAUUUAUCGUGGAGAAUUCCACUGCUAUCGGAGAGCUCAGCAAUAGCAGCUUUGGCGAUCUUGGCUGCGAGAG